UCCUCCCGGCGGCCGCCUCCGUCAGUAGGGUCGGGGCGGAGCGGGUGCGGCGGCUGCGGCGGCUGUAGCUGUCUUGGCGCACCUGGUGGUGCUGGUGGGCUGUAGAUGGCCAAGUCUUCAAUGGCAUCAAAAAUAUCAUCCCAGGAAGAAAUCCUGAGCGAUGGCAGGUUCAGCUGUGUGGCAAGGGAUCCCAGGUUUUGGGAGAUGCCUGAAAAGGAACGGAAAGUCAAGAUUGACAAGCGAUUCCGAGCGAUGUUCCAUGACAAGAAGUUCAAGCUGAGAUACACAGUGGAUAAAAGAGGUCGCCCUGUUAACUACACCUCUACAGAGAACCUCAGGAAGUUUUAUGCCUUGUCAGAGUCUGACUCUGAUCUUUCAGAAAGUGAGAGUAAUGAACUCACGGUAAAGAAAAAAAAGAAGAAAGCUAAAGGUAAAGGAGAAGCAGAUACUGCUGGUGGCCUCUCAAAGGAGGACAGCAAAAAAACCCAACAGGGAGUGGACCAAACAUGUGAAGCUGAGACUAGACUAAAUGACCUUAAAAAAGUACAAAAAAGUAAAUCUAAGUUGAAAGAGGACUCACAGAAACCUGUAGUGGAAGUUGAUCGCUCUCAGGGGAACAAGGACCUUUUACCCAAAAGGGAAAACAAGCAAGGAGAUGCAUCAAGGGGAAGAUCCAUUUCAACUCAAGACAAGGAAAAGUCUUCACAAGCAAGUGCUACUAAGUCAGUCAAACCUCCCAGGAGGGACCACCCCCUAGGAGCGAAAAUAAAAGAAUCAGACAGCUGUGACCAAAGUGCAAAAUGUAAAAACCAGUUAGAGGAAGAAGGCUCUGCAAGUGAGGAUGCAGAAUCGGAAGAAGAGGAAUCAGAAGAUGGUGGAGAAACAGGUGAGGAAGAGGAACCAGAAGAUGAUGGGGAAAUAGGUGAAGAUGACAGUGAUUCAGAAGAUGAUGAAGAAAGUGACAGUGGGCCUGAUCUAGCCAGAGGCAUAGGGAACAUUGAAACAAGCUCAGAGGAUGAUGAGGAUUUGAAUGAGCUGUUUCCAAAGGAGCCAGAGAUCGAGCACUCGUGGCGCGAACUGGAUAAAGAUGCCCCUCGUGGAGAUGAGAUUACAAGUAGAUUGGCAGUUUGUAAUAUGGAUUGGGAUAGGUUGAAGGCUAAGGAUUUGCUGGCUCUAUUUACUUCUUUCACACCCAAAGGAGGAACAGUGUUUUCUGUUAAGAUUUAUCCUUCAGAGUUUGGAAAAGAGAGAUUGAAAGAGGAAGAGCAAAAAGGACCUGUGGAACUGUUCGAACUUCCAGAGAAUACUACAGAGGAUGAUGGGAUUUAUAGGGAAAAGCUGCGGGAAUACCAGUUUAAGCGACUGAAAUACUUCUAUGCAGUUGUAGAAUGUGAUUCUCCUGAAACAGCCAAUAAAAUUUAUGAGGAAUGUGAUGGACUGGAAUUUGAAAGUAGCUGUUCUUUCAUAGACCUGAGAUUUAUUCCAGAUAAUGUUACAUUUGAUGAUAAGCCAAAAGAUGUAGCCUCAGAAGUGAACAUAGCUGUUUAUAAGCCAAAGUACUUCACAUCUGCUGCUAUGGGAACAUCAAAGGUAGAUAUCACAUGGGAUGAGACAGAUCAUGAGCGGAUAACAUCACUCAGCAGAACUUUUAACAAAGAGGAGCUUCUUGACAUGGAUUUUCAAGCUUAUUUGGCUUCAUCAAGUGAAGAAGAGGAGGAAGAGCAGCAAGAUGGUGAUGCAGCUAAUGAAAUGGAAGAUGACAAACCGAGGAAAAGCCAAAAAGAUGAUGAAGAGCAAAUUGCUAAGUACAGAGAACUUUUGCAAAGUAUCCAGGAAAAAGAGAAAAAACAGGAAGAAAAGGAUAUAGGAAUGGAGAUUAAAUGGGUUCCAGGCCUCAAAGAAACUGCUGAAGAAAUGGUCAAAAACAGGUUGGAAGGAAAGGAUAACCUGACUCCAUGGGAAAAAUAUCUAGAGAAGAAGAAAGAAAAAAGAAUUCUGAAGAAAAAGAGAAAGGCUGCUGCUGAGAGAGAAGAGAGUGAAGAUGAACUUCCACCUGAUGUUGAUCUCAAUGACCCCUAUUUUGCUGAAGAAUUUGAGAAAACAGGUUUAAAGAAGAAACCAGAAUCAGUAGAAAGUACCUCAGAAGGUGAAGUUGAAAAACAGAAGGCUGAAAUGGCCCUACUGAUGAUGGAUGAUGAGGAUGACACCAGAAAACAUUUCAAUUACAAAAAGAUUGUAGAACAACACAAUUUGAGCAAGAAGAAGAAGAAACUUCUUAUGAAAAAGAAAGAGUUAAUAGAAGAUGACUUCCAGGUAAAUGUUGCUGAUACAAGAUUCCAAGCCAUGUUUACUUCUCCCUUGUUUAAUUUGGAUCCUUCAGAUCCAAAUUUCAAGAAGACAAAAGCAGUAGAAAAGAUCCUGGAAGAGAAAGCUCGCCGAAGAGAAGAAAAGGAGCGAGAUCUUAGGGAGGCAAACAAGGGCCUGGAGAACAAGGUGGCAAAGAAAGGAGAGGUUGCCAAGAAAGCCAUAGAUCCUGCCCUAUCAGUGCUAAUAAAAUCUGUCAAAAAUAAAACUGAAGAGUUUCAGGCAAGGAAAAAACAGAAGUUCAAAUAACUGAAUUUUGGUUUUACUCAGACUUUACUUUAGUCCCAGCUCUUUUAACUGGAGACAUCUUUUAAAGCUACUGCAGCCUGCUCUAACUGUCCACCUAAAAUGUCCUGAAAAGUCAUUGAACUUAUGUUGGUGAAUUUGAAAGUGUUUAGAGUAAUAAUCACUCUUUUCUUCUGCAACAACAAAUACAGUUUUGCACAUAUGCAAGGAAAUUAUGGUUUUGGGGUGGUUUGUUUUGUAUCAUGUCAUCUCUUAAAAAUAAUAGGAGUGCUGAAGAUGGCUACAAAUACCAUAAUUAUGUGUUUAUUUAUAAAUAUUAAAACAGUUCUGCAGAGGUUUAUUGCUGAGAUGAAGUGGUUUUAAAGUUUUUAAUUCCACGUAAGUCUGUAAACAUACCUGUCUUGAUAAAGAAGAUAAUAACAAAUGGGAGAAAUUUUGUAUACAAGUUUUUUGUAGAUUUUUAAAAGAUUGCAUAAAUCCUUUAUUAAUUUUUCCUUUAAAUACUUGAAGGUAAAAGAACUAAUUAAUGGAAAUCUUACCAUUUAGAAGUGUUUCAUUAACAUACUUUGGAAAUAAAUAGUUUAAAUUGGCCCAAAAGAA